UAAAUGAUCAAUGUGACUGAAGUAUUCAUGUUAUAAUCCGUAAAUCACUGAAAAUUAUUGAUCCAAAUCCUAGAUGAAAAGAAAAAUUAAAAAAAGAGAGAAGGAGAAGAGAAAAUCAUACCAUAGCUGUUGAUAAUUAGGAUGAGCAAAAACUCACACAUUCCAGCUCUCGGAAUCUAUCCCUCUCCCCAUGAUCAUGCUCACCUCUUUCUUGUCUUACAUCUCUAUUAUAAUAUAUAAACAAAACCUGCACCUAACUCCAUUCAAAGAACCCUCAUCCUUAAUCCUUCAUUUUCCACUCAUUUGUGACUUCCCUAAUCAUCGAAUUAGUAACAAAAUUCUUCAUUAGGUCAAUCUCCACCUCAAUUGUAGCAUGCCCUUCACCUACUUGUAUAAAUGCCGGAACCACAUUCUCCCCCAGCACAAACUACUCAUCUCUCAGGUCGAUGGAAAUGGAGGGAUCGUAUGGAGAGGAGGUGCCUGAAAUAGUGGAGAAGCUCUUCGAGCAAGAUCAUCGGCAUGACCCGAGCUUUAGGCUGCCACUUGUGCCUUGGUCAGAUGGAGGUUUCUUUGCUCCUCAAUUUGGCUACGAUGGCUAUAGUUGUCUGAAUGAAUCAGAUGCAAUUCCUGCGAUGCCUUCCAUGGAUUGUUCCAUGGAGGGAUGCCAAAUUCCUGAGCCGGCAAUUUCUUCUACCUCUGCAUUUGAAGAUUUGGCUCAUUUCAUUAAUGCUGAUGCCAGUAGCAAUGAGAUCGAGGAGUUCUCCUGCGUGAAUCUACCACAGAUUGUUCCUGUUCCUCUUGGUGAUCAAAUGCCAAAGACUACGAGAAAACACAUGGUUGAUAUCUCGUCAGAGAGGUCAGGCAAGGCUCAAGUUUCUCCGAAUGUAAGUACAAAAAUGCAGGUGAAAAGGAGUGUAACUUCCAAGAGAGGCCAGAAGAGGACUAUGAAUUUUGUUCAGGAAGGCGGCGAUAAGACCGAUAAUUCUAUCAACUCCUGCAGCUAUAUCACAGAGGAUCAAGAAGAACCAUCAAGUAAUCCCCAGAGUAUAUAUGCGAGGAAAAGGAGGGAAAGAAUCAAUGAGAGACUGAAAAUCUUACAAAGCCUGGUUCCUAAUGGAACUAAAGUUGACAUUAGCACAAUGUUGGAGGAAGCUGUCGACUAUGUGAAGUUUUUGCAGCUACAAAUCAAACUCUUGAGCUCGGAUGAGCUAUGGAUGUAUGCUCCAAUAGCUUACAAUGGGGUCAACAUAGGACUUGAUCUAAAGAUUUCUCCACUGCAAGAGAAAUAAAUGGGAGACUCCAAGCAUGUUAAAGAGUGAUAUAUAAGCUAACACUUGCAGAGACUUGAUCAUAUCGGUAUAUAACAUCAAGCAAAAUCAGUGAUUAAUUGGUUAUGUUGUUCCCCUUUUCAUAAGCAUAUUGCCCGUUAGUAUGUAAAUGACUUACUUCUCUCAAUGGGAUUUGUAUUCAAUUGUACAUGGGGUGAAAUAUCAAAUCGAAGAAGAGUGGAUAAAUAAACAUGUCUGUUUGAAUAUUGUUGGCCUUUUUGUUUUUGUGUUAGCUGCAAAUAACAAAUAAACCAAC